GCAUCCGCAGAGGGAAGUGAGAAAUCACAUGGCCGGGUGUGGUGCCCUGGAAGCAGCUACAGAAAGCCAGUUCUUCCACACGCCAGCUCCGCCGACUCCAUUUCAGUCUCUUCAUCUGGCUCCCAGGCUGUGGCAGCUUCUUCCACUGAAAACAUGUUUCUCGCAAAGGCUUUUUUGGAUGGAGCAGAUAGAGGUCUUGGGGAAGCCCUUGGAGGCCUUCUUGGAGGAGGUGGCCAGAGAAGAGGAGGCGGAGGAGGACGAGGAAAUAUUGGAGGGAUAGUUGGAGGAAUUGUGAAUCUUAUCAGUGAGGCUGCAGCAGCUCAGUACACCCCAGAACCCCCGCCCACCCAGCAGCAUUUCACCAACGUGGAGGCCAAGGAAAGCGAGGAAGUCAGGCGGUUUCGGCAACAUUUUGCACAGCUGGCGGGACCAGACAUGGAGGUGGGUGCCACUGACCUAAUGAACAUUCUCAACAAAGUCCUUUCUAAGCACAAGGAUCUGAAGACCGACGGCUUUAGCCUGGACACCUGUCGGAGCAUUGUCUCUGUCAUGGACAAUGACACGAAUGGGAAGCUGGGCUUUGAAGAGUUUAAGUAUCUGUGGAACAACCUGAAGAAAUGGCAGUGUGUGUAUAAGCAAUACGACCAGGACCAUUCUGGGUCCCUACGAAGUUCCCAGCUGCGGCCGGCUCUGCAGGCUGCGGGUUUCCAGCUGAAUGAGCAGCUUUACCAAAUGAUCAUCCGCCGAUACGCCGAUGAGGAUGGGAGUAUGGAUUUUAACAACUUCAUCAGCUGCCUGGUCCGCCUGGAUGCCAUGUUCCGUGCCUUCAGAUCCCUGGACGGAGAUGCAGACGGCCAGAUUCGGGUGUCUAUCCAAGAGUGGCUGCAGCUGACCAUGUAUUCCUGAGGUGGGCACUGAGAAGGCAGUGCCCUGGAGGACAGGCCGCCGAAGCCAAGCCACGCUGUCUGCAGGCUGCUGAUCCCCGUCCACAGCUGUCAGGUCCCAGCGACCGCUUCCGCACUCUGCGUGUGCCUGACUCGCGCUGCUUUCCACUGCUCAUUAAACCAGAUUUGCCAAAGGAGUGUUGCGAGUGGUUUGUGCGUCAGCUUUUUGAGGUCCUGUAUUUGCAUGGACCUGGCAAUGGGGUGGGGGUGCCGGGGGAGCUCCGCCGGAGUGGGUUUGGAUAGGUUGCCGCUCACUUGGUGAACGAAUUCCAAGGAGCAGGAAAUUUGUUGUUAAGAAUGAAAUUUUUUUUAAAAAUGGGAAGAAAUCAAGAAAGCACUCGGGAAAUACGUUUUUCCCUCUAAAAAGGUGAGGAGGAGGGAAGUUCAAAAUCUGUUUUUCCUCUUAAUUUCACAUCUGGUAUUUCCAUUAUGUAAAAAAAGGAAAACGCUUUCUUAGAAACCUGUUUAACUGUGAGAGGACGGGUUCAGGAAUGUGGAAUGAGGCCGUUUUAUACCCGGGUAGUUGUUUUCUUUUAUGG